CGGCAUCCUCUGCUGUAGCAGCGUAGCGACUCUCUCCUCCUCUGCUGUCUGCAUCUGACGGCUGGCUGCAGGAGUCCUUUGUGUCUCCCUGAGAGCCAUUGUGUUGCCUCCUGUUGUGGCACAAGCAACGCCAUGGACAUGAUGGGCAAAAAAGAGCGACGAGGCGUGGAUUUCAAAGGCUUGCUGAAGAGGAACUGGCUCCUAAUUGCCACGGUCAUAUCAGUGCUGUUAGGGAUCUGCCUGGGCGUUGUGGUCAGAGAGUAUGCAUCCCUCUCCCACCUCGACAAGCAGUACUUUGGCUUCCCAGGAGAGAUCCUGAUGCGAAUGCUGAAGCUGGUCAUCCUCCCGCUCAUCAUUUCAAGCAUGAUAACAGGGGUUGCAGCCCUGGACUCUGAGGUGUCGGGAAAGAUUGGUCUGCGAGCUGUUGUGUAUUACUUCUCAACAACCAUCAUUGCUGUCAUUCUAGGCAUUAUUUUGGUGAUGACGAUCAAACCGGGAGUCUCUCAAACAGCUGAGCACAUUGAUAGAGCAGGGACCACACCCAACGUCACAACAGUUGACACCCUCCUGGACCUUGUAAGAAACAUGUUUCCAGAAAAUCUGGUGCAGGCUUGUUUUCAACAGUACAAGACAAAGCGCAAAGAGCUGGAACCCCCUAAAGCUGUGACCAAUACCACGACACUUCCACCUCUCGCAACUACUAUCAUGGCAGCUGUAGAGAAUAUAACCAAGGACUAUAAAAUCAUUGGGACGUAUUCGGACGGAAUCAAUGUAUUGGGCCUUAUCGUAUUCUGUGUUGCCUUUGGCCUUGUCAUUGGAAAGAUGGGCGAAAAGGGGCGUAUCCUCCUGGAAUUUUUUGAUGCCUUGAAUGAAGCAACCAUGAAACUUGUCCAGAUAAUUAUGUGCUACAUGCCAGUGGGGAUCCUGUUCCUAAUUGCUGCAAAGAUCAUUGAGGUGGAAGACUGGGAGAUCUUCAGGAAGAUGGGUCUUUAUAUGGUGACCGUGCUGAGCGGUCUAGCCAUCCAUGCCGUAAUUUGUCUGCCCCUGAUCUUCUUCAUCAUUGUGAGGAAGAACCCGUACACCUUCACCUUGGGGAUGGCUCAGGCCCUGGUGACGGCACUCAUGAUAUCCUCCAGCUCCGCCACCCUGCCCGUCACCUUCCGAUGUGCAGAGGAGAACAAUCGGAUUGACAAGCGGAUCACACGCUUCGUCCUUCCGGUAGGUGCCACCAUUAACAUGGAUGGCACUGCGCUGUAUGAGGCGGUGGCAGCCAUCUUCAUCGCCCAGCUUAACGACUAUGACCUGGACGUGGGCCAGAUUGUCACCAUCAGCAUAACAGCAACGGUUGCCAGUAUCGGGGCAGCAGGAGUCCCGAACGCCGGGCUCGUCACCAUGGUGAUCGUCUUAACAGCCGUUGGACUACCAGCAAGUGAUGUCACGUUGAUAGUCGCCGUGGAUUGGCUGCUGGACCGGUUCCGCACUAUGAUCAACGUGCUUGGCGACGCUUACGGUGCCGGUAUUGUCCAGAAACUGUCCAAGAGGGAGCUGGAGCGGAUGGACCUGACGUCGGACGUGGACGUGGCCAACCCCUUCGCUCUGGAAGCCACCCUGGACGACGACGAGUGCGAGAAGAAGUCCUACGUCAACGGAGGCUUCACCGUCGACAAAACAGACGCCAUCUCCUUCACCGAAACCUCCCAGUUUUAGCCCCGGCCGGCUCUGGGGAGUAAAAAGAAAGUGCCAUGCUGCUAUAGAUGUAAAGUGGAAACCCCCCCCAGCCCCAUCCUGUAUCAGUGCCAUUAUGAGAGAGGAAACCCAUUCCAUGAGACCGUCCCAAGCUCAGACAUUAGCAAUAGCAGGCUCUGUUCUCUCUCACGCUCUAGCUUGUCCGACGUGAUCGUCCUUGGUAACGUCUGGGAAAAAUCGACUCGGUCCUUCAAAUCACAACUAGAUUAAAGUGCUUCCUUCCUACACUGACGUUUUGCCAAGAAUGCGCAAAGUCACUUUUCCUUGGAAUAAAAAUGUUGUCUAUUUGCAAAGAUGCACUGAUAAGAAGAGCUGUAUGGGUAAGAGUGCGUGUGUGUGUGUGUGUGUGUGUGUGCACGUGAGGAGAUUCAAUUUGGAUGUUCAAAAAAAAAAAAAAAAAGCAUGAGGCCAUACUUUAGAUGUUCUAUUACAUACAACAAUUUAUCAAUGGUAAUCAAACCAGAAUUCUGUAUUUGACCCGACUUAAUUUGCACCCCAAUUAGGAAGAUUACGUCUCUGAAACGGCCCAUCCUCCUGUUUUUGUGUGCCCGUUGUUGAAUCUCAAUGUCCUAUAAUCCAUUGCUUAUACAGUAUAUAAGUAUAUAUAUAUAUCUAUCUGUACAUUUAAACUGUGCCAAACAUAUAAAUAUUUUUUUCACCAAGUUGCAUGAAGCAAUAUGUUAAAGGAAUACAGAUGGCUACUGAUAGACUCCUUUUCCAGAGUCUUCAGGUGUUCUUCACAAAGACUGGAGAAGAGCAAAUGAAGGUUGGCACAAUGAGGAGCUCAUGAAGUCGCUGAACACUGUGAAAUACAAGGACAUUUUUUCAUAACCGAGUCACUAACACUGAUUAAUUGAAAAUUUGAAUUGUCAUAAAAAGUGGCUGUAUAUUGUAGGGUUGGCUUGGUGGGGUGAUUGAUUAUCACUGUAUAAUGUAGAUACCCGCACAUUGUAUCUUCUCAGACCACUUCAGCUGCCUGCUGGAUGGGUUUGUGUUUUGUGACAAGAGUAUAUCCUUUAAGGCGCUUCUUUGAGAUUUUGAAAUUUACACUACAUUUCAUCCAUGACAGGAGGAACAGCUACUCCACAUGUACACUGUUAACAGGCCGUGAUCACAUGACAUGCUUUGCCCGUGGUGCUUUGUGGCGUGUCAGCUUUCGUCACACAGAGCAUUACAUCAGUGUGAAGAGAAAGCCCUGACACCAGGCAGAGCUCUUGGCUAAUUUGAUCAUUUGAUCACUUUCAUUUCUCUUGUUAGGAUUUUCAACUUCUCCUAAACAUUAUCCCCUUUGUUACUUCAUGCUAGCACUAACUGCAGUAAACAGCUUGCAAAAUGUCGGAUUUGGGGCUGCAUAGCAAUAAAUAUGAUGUAAUGCUCCGUGCGCCCUUUGACCAUUUGCUUUCUGGGUUAAAGGGAUAGUUCACCUAUUUUGAGAAUUGUGGUUAUUAUUUCACUUACACCAUACUGUAGCUGUUAGGACAGUCAUGGUGCUAUCCUCCUCUCAUUGUUGACCAUAUUUUUUGCCAAACAUGCUGAUGGGAGUGGCCCUUGAGUUGUCCAUCUUUCUUUUUCAAGUGUCUGACUGAGUGCUGGACACUGGCUGGAUGCUCCAAAUGCUAAAUGUUAGCCUCCUGCCAUUGAGGUGGCCUUCCCCCCAGCUAACAUUCUGAGAAAUAACUUCCUCAGUAUACUCAAAGAAGGUUUAACAUCACCUUACAAGUGUCACUUUCCAAAGUUUAAAUGCACAUGAUUACCAAGUACAUGGAACAUGGAUGAUAAUUUUGCUCGAAUUACUAUUUACAACUGUAUUCUUCCUGUUACCAACAUCCAGAAACAUCCAGUAACUACUGCACUUCCACACCACAGGAGCAGUAACCAGCACAGAGACAGAAGUGGAUUGCUUGAGUUUGCUAUCAUUUGUUUCAUAUCCAGUCAGAAUCCAGCGCUCAGUAACCACGAGGGACAGAUAGCACCACUACUGUCCUACAUAACAGCUAGGGGAUAAGUAAAAUAAGAUUUUUUUCAAAAAGGUUGAAAUAUGCCUUUAAUGACAAUGCUUGCAGGUGAGCUUUGAGUUGGAGCCAAAAGGGGAACAAAAGCUCUUGUCUGAUCAUGGCCUUGCUGCAAGGAUAUUCGUGUUUGUAAAUGAGAGCUGUGUGUAUGAUUCGAGGCAGCAGCAGCAUACCUUGAUGCUCACACAUAUACUGUACAUAAAUUUAGAUAAAAUAGUUUGGAGUUGCUUAACAUGGUGUGAGGAGCAGGUUUAGAGGACUACAAAGUUAAAUCAAAUUUUUAGGGUGUCAAAUAAAACAGAGCAAAGACGCAAAAAGAGGACCAGCAUCUACAGCAGUGUUCAUGUUCAGUCUUGAUGUUUAACACAAUAGUGAAAAUCAAUUAUGCUCCCAGUGCUGGUCCCAUGACCACGAUCCUGAGCCAGCUGACAGAAGCUCCCACACAG